AUGGUGUCCGGCUCAGGGAUCUGCUCGAAGCGAGUGGUGGUCGACGGACGACACCACAUGCUCGGUCGUCUGGCGUCGGUCGUAGCCAAGGACCUCCUGAACGGCCAGCGAAUAGCCGUCGUACGCUGCGACGAGAUCGCCAUAUCGGGAGGCCUCGUCAGGCAGAAGAUGAAGUACAUGAGGUUCCGGCGAAAGCGUAUGAACACUCAGCCUUCUCACGGCCCCAUCCACUUCCGUUCUCCCGCCAAAAUCUUUUGGCGCACUGUCCGAGGGAUGAUCCCGCACAAGACGAAGCGUGGAGCUGAGGCUCUGGCGCGGUUGAAGGCUUACGAGGGCAUUCCUCCGCCGUAUGACAAGACGAAGAGGAUGGUUGUUCCUGACGCUCUCAAGGUCUUGAGGCUUCAGAAGGGCCACAAGUACUGCUUGUUGGGUCAGCUUUCGUCUGAGGUUGGAUGGAACCAUUUUGACACCAUCAAGGCUCUAGAAGAGAAGAGAAAAGAAAGGGCUCAGUUGGCAUAUGAGAGGAAGAAGCAGCUAACCAAACUUAGGUUGAAGGCUGAAAAAUCUGCAGAGGAGAAGCUUGGUUCCCAGCUCGAAAUCCUGGCUUCGGUUACCUAUUAA